AAAAAAACCUUCAAAUGAUAACAAGAUUUAUUUUUCUGUCCUCCAGAUCUCUGUGCUGACUGUGGCCGACACAGUCAGGACAUGCUCACUCGACCAGUGCUAUAAGACGUUCCUGUCUCCAGCCACCAGUGAGACAAAAAGGAAAAUGUCCACCUUCGUCAGCAAUGUCAAGUCUUUGGACAGUCCUACCCAGCAUGCAGUGGGAUUUCAAAAGGCAUUUCAGCUGAUUCGAAGCACAAACAAUAACACGAAGUUCCAAGCGAAUACAGACAUGGUCAUAAUUUACCUGUCAGCUGGCAUCACAUCAAAGGACUCUUCAGAGGAAGAUAAAAAGGCGACUCUCCGCGUCAUCAAUGAAGAAAAUAGCUUUCUAAACAACUCUGUAAUGAUUCUCACCUAUGCCCUCAUGAAUGAUGGGGUGACUGGUUUGAAAGAGUUAGCCUUUCUGAGAGAUCUGGCAGAGCAGAACUCUGGGAAGUAUGGCGUGCUGGACCGGACAGCCUUGCCUGUGAUUAAAGGGAGCAUGAUGGUGCUGAACCAGCUGAGUAACCUAGAGACCACGGUCGGCAGGUUCUAUACCAACCUUCCCAACCGGAUGAUCGAUGAAGCUGUCUUCAGCCUCCCCUUCUCUGAUGAGAUGGGAGAUGGUUUGAUAAUGACUGUGAGUAAACCCUGUUACUUUGGAAACCUACUUCUGGGAAUUGUAGGUGUGGAUGUGAACCUGGCUUACAUCCUUGAAGACGUGACAUAUUACCAAGAUUCUUUGGCGUCCUAUACUUUUCUCAUAGAUGACAAAGGGUAUACACUUAUGCACCCAUCUCUCACCAGGCCGUAUUUACUCUCAGAACCCCCACUUCAUACUGACAUCAUUCAUUACGAAAAUAUCCCAAAAUUUGAGCUGGUUCGGCAGAAUAUCCUAAGCCUCCCUCUGGGCAGCCAGAUAAUCGCCGUCCCUGUGAACUCAUCCCUGUCCUGGCACAUAAACAAGCUGCGAGCCACUGGAAAGGAGGCCUACAAUGUCAGCUAUGCCUGGAAGAUGGUACAAGACACUUCGUUUAUUCUCUGUAUUGUGGUGAUACAACCGGAAAUACCCGUCAAACAACUGAAGAACCUCAACACUGUCCCCAGCAGCAAGCUGCUCUACCACCGGCUGGACCUCCUGGGCCAGCCUAGCGCCUGCCUUCACUUCAAACAGCUGGCGACUCUAGAAAGUCCAACCGUCAUGCUGUCUGCUGGCAGCUUCUCCUCCCCAUACGAGCACCUCAGCCAGCCAGAGACAAAGCGAAUGGUGGAACACUACACGGCCUAUCUCAGUGACAACACCCGCCUCAUUGCUAACCCAGGGCUCAAAUUCUCUGUCAGGAAUGAAGUAAUGGCCACCAGCCACGUCACAGAUGAAUGGAUGACACAAAUGGAAAUGAGUAGCCUGAACACGUACAUUGUCCGCCGUUACAUAGCAACGCCCAAUGGCGUCCUCAGAAUUUAUCCUGGUUCCCUCAUGGACAAAGCAUUUGAUCCCACUAGGAGACAAUGGUAUCUCCAUGCAGUGGCUAACCCAGGUUUGAUUUCUCUGACUGGCCCUUAUUUGGACGUUGGAGGAGCUGGUUAUGUAGUAACCAUCAGUCACACAGUCCAUUCAUCCAGUACCCAGCUGUCUUCCGGGCAUACUGUGGCUGUGAUGGGGAUUGACUUCACCCUUAGAUACUUCUACAAGGUUCUGAUGGACUUACUACCAGUUUGUAACCAAGAUGGUGGCAACAAAAUAAGGUGCUUCAUAAUGGAGGACCGGGGUUAUCUGGUGGCACAUCCAACCCUCAUUGACCCCAAAGGACACGCCCCUGUGGAACAGCAGCAUAUUACCCACAAGGAGCCCUUGGUAGCAAACGAUAUCCUAAACCACCCCAACUUUGUGAAGAAAAACCUGUGCAACAGCUUCAGUGACCGAACAGUCCAAAGGUUUUAUAAAUUCAACACUAGCCUCGUGGGAGAUUUGACGAACCUUGUGCAUGGCAGCCACUGUUCUAAGUACAGACUGGCGAGGAUCCCGGGAACCAAUGCGUUUGUUGGCAUUGUCAACGAGACAUGCGACUCUCUUGCCUUCUGUGCCUGUAGCAUGGUGGAUCGGCUGUGUCUCAACUGUCACCGAAUGGAACAAAAUGAAUGUGAAUGUCCCUGUGAGUGCCCUCUAGAGGUCAAUGAGUGCACUGGCAACCUCACCAAUGCAGAGAACCGAAACCCGAGCUGCGAGGUCCACCAGGAGCCAGUAACAUACACUGCUAUUGACCCUGGCCUCCAGGAUGCCCUUCACCAGUGUGUCAACAGCAGAUGCAGUCAGAGGAUGGAAAGUGGGGACUGCUUUGGUGUGCUAGACUGUGAAUGGUGCAUGGUGGACAGCGAUGGAAAGACUCACCUGGACAAAUCGUACUGCGCACCCCAGAAGGAAUGCUUCGGGGGGAUCGUGGGAGCCAAAAGUCCUUAUGUGGAUGACCUGGGAGCAAUAGGUGACGAGGUGGUCACGUUGAACAUGAUUAAAAGUGCCCCCGUGGGCCCCGUGGCUGGAGGCAUCAUGGGGUGCAUCAUGGUGCUGGUCCUCGCCGUGUAUGCCUACCGCCAUCAGAUCCAUCGCCGGAGUCACCAGCACAUGUCUCCUCUUGCUGCCCAAGAAAUGUCAGUGCGUAUGUCCAACCUGGAGAAUGACAGAGAUGAAAGGGACGACGACAGCCAUGAGGACAGAGGCAUCAUCAGCAAUACUCGGUUCAUAGCUGCAGUCAUCGAACGACACGCACACAGUCCAGAGAGGAGGCGUCGCUACUGGGGCCGAUCGGGAACAGAAAGCGAUCAUGGUUACAGCACCAUGAGCCCGCAGGAAGAUAGUGAGAACCCCCCGUGCAACAAUGACCCCUUGUCAGCUGGGGUGGAUGUGGGAAGCCACGACGAGGACUUGGAUCUGGACGCCCCUCCCCAGACUGCCGCCCUACUAAGUCACAAAUUCCACCACUACCGCUCCCACCACCCCACGCCACACCACAGCCACCACUUGCAGGCGGCCGUGACAGUACACACCGUCGAUGCGGAGUGCUAACACUCCCCUGACCUCCAUUAGACGGGAUCUGGGAGGUACAGAAUGUUCUGGAGGGAAGAAGAGCCAGCAUCACAUAAUCCCCAGCAAGAGACCCCUGGUGUUUGUGCUUUGCCCAGAGUGGUUUAACGCACCUGCUGCCUGUGAAUGUGUUUCAAAUUGAGGAACCGCAACAAAAUCACGUUUGUGAAAGUGCAAGGCUGGUUCUGAAAUGGAGGGGAAGUAAGCCUGAUUAAUGAACCUGCCAUAAUACCAAUGGGAUGGAGCAGAAGGCAGACCUCCAGACAGAGAGACGAGACCUAUAAAUGAAACAUUGGGAACCUUCGUUAAGCUGAGCCAGAGGAAUGUUCCAAGGAGACAGAAACAUUCGGCUCUCCUUAACUGGAAGAGAGAGAAGUGUGCCCAGCCGGAGACUGGGAAUGUGGCACAUCCAGAUAAAAAUGUGUGCUUUUGGAAGAUCUCGCUUUGUUUCUUAGCGGUACCUAGAUACCACAGUUGCUGUAUGGAACUCCUGUUAAGCUCUAAAUGAUGCAUCUCAAAAUUUCUAAGUAAAGGAUUAUUUUUCUACUAUUUAUUGAACUUUCAAACAUUCUCAAACUUUGGGGGAAAGAAAAGGAAACACAUGAGAGAUUUUCAGCAAUUAUCCCUAGCUGUUUUGUGUGUGACAGAGUGGUUCUUUGACUAAGGAGUUCUGUUAUUUACCUGAUACUCUCCCACUGCCCCACUCUACAGAAUGAGAAAAUGAAGAAAUCUUUCUCUCUGGCUUGUUUACAUACGUUUUCUUUAGAACAUCACCUUAUGGAAACACAUCUUUUUUUGUAAUGCAGUAUUCUUUAUGUUUGACAGAGGCAGGGAAGACAGAGGAAUCCAAAAUGUUUUUAAAGAAAUUUUCGGUCUCUUUUUCACUCAUUUCCACUCCCCGUACAACGCUUUUCUAGAUAUCUUACAACACCUAAUAUUACAACCCAGGCCUUUCAGCUAAGGGAGGGAUGGAUUUCUUCUCCUUGUGUUAGAGACUAUAAAUUUUUAAAUGUCCCGUUUUGAUUCUGAGAAUAUUGAGUACAUAAAGGAAGAUGUUUUUAAAAUUCAAAAUCGAUUCUUAAAGAUUUCUUUUGAUGUCCGAGUUCAAAGCUGCUGUCAGUUAUCCACGAAGUUACUCACCAAACCGCUUUGUGACGCAUACAGAGAUUAAUCAGAUCUGGCUAAUAGAACAUGGGGCAUUGUAAUUUUAAAGUAGUGUUCUAAUUACAGUGAUGUAUUUUAGAUUCACAUCUUGUGAUUCAAAUAUGUUAUAAAGACAUUCUUGCACCGUGUGUGUGGUAAAUCUCCGUUUAUAUGUAGUUGGAAAAAAUUCACUGAAUAAUGUUUUAACGAUAGGGUAUUACGAUAUAAUGUAAAAAAAUUGGUUCUUCAGCAGUACAGAAAGUAAACUGUAUGCGUGCUAUCAGGAAACCCCUUCAUACUGUGUAUAAAUUUGCAGUCUAGUGAAAUAAACUAUGAACGGACA